CCCGCCCGAGCUGGGUGCCGCGGCUCUCGGCUCUGCGCCGCGCGUCUCCGCGGCUGCCUCUUUAAUCAGGAACACAGAAGGGGCGGGCCCUGAGCCGGCGCGUAAUCGGAUAGCUCUGCCGCGGCUCUGACAUCCACAUGCUGCUCGGCCUGAAAAGGCAGUGGGGAGCUGGAGGGCAGGCAGAGAUCGCGAGCGAGGCACCAGCCUGCAGCCGGCCCCCAGCACAUCCUCAGCCGCGCAGACACUCGGCGAGGUGGAGGUGAGGGCGGGCGCCAGCGAACUCGGAGAGGGGCUCGCUCACUCCCAGGCGAUCCCAGCCGCCGCCGCCGCCGCACCAGCAGCAGCAACAGCAGCAGCAGCUUCCUUCCUCAGACUCCCCUCGAGAGGCUGACCAAGCUGGUGUAGCCGUUGGGGGAGGCUCCCGCCGGGGGAACCCGGCGAGGACAAGAGCAGGGCGGCCGCCUUCCACUCGGGCUGUCCGGCGGCGGCUGCCUCCGCCUGCGUGUCCGUCAAGGGUGCCGCGGGAUGUGUGUCAGUUUAAGCCUCUGAGAUCACACAGCUGCCUGGGGGCCGUGUGAUGCCCAAGGCAAGUCUUGGCUUUAAUUAUUAUUAUUAUCAUUAUUGUUACGCUUGGCUUUCGGGAAAUACUCGUGAUAUUGUAGGAUAAAGGAAAUGACACUUUGAGGAACUGGAGAGAACAUAUAUGCGUUUUGUUUUUGAGAGGAAAACCGUGUUCUCUUCCCGGCUUGUUCCCUCUUUGCUGAUUUCAGGAGCUACUCUCCUCCUGGUGAGGUGGAAAUUCCAGCAAGAAUAAAGGUGAAGACAAGCCACCAGGACUCAGGAGGGAAACGCUGACCAUUAGAAACCUCUGCAUAAGACGUUGUAAGGAGGAAAAUAAGAGAGAGAAAAACACAAAGAUUUAAACAAGAAACCCACGAACCCAGCUCUGGAGAGAGCCACCUUCUCCAGAAUGGAUAUGUUUCGUCUCGCCUGGGUUUUCUUAGCCCUCUACUUUUCAAGACACCAAGUGAGAGGCCAACCAGACCCACCGUGCGGAGGUCGUUUGAAUUCCAAAGAUGCUGGCUAUAUCACCUCUCCCGGUUACCCCCAGGACUACCCCUCCCACCAGAACUGCGAGUGGAUUGUUUACGCCCCCGAACCCAACCAGAAGAUUGUCCUCAACUUCAACCCUCACUUUGAAAUCGAGAAGCACGACUGCAAGUAUGACUUUAUCGAGAUUCGGGAUGGGGACAGUGAAUCCGCAGACCUCCUGGGCAAACACUGUGGGAACAUCGCCCCGCCCACCAUCAUCUCCUCGGGCUCCAUGCUCUACAUCAAGUUCACCUCCGACUACGCCCGGCAGGGGGCAGGCUUCUCUCUGCGCUACGAGAUCUUCAAGACAGGCUCUGAAGAUUGCUCAAAAAACUUCACAAGCCCCAACGGGACCAUCGAAUCUCCUGGGUUUCCUGAGAAGUAUCCACACAACUUGGACUGCACCUUUACCAUCCUGGCCAAACCCAAGAUGGAGAUCAUCCUGCAGUUCCUGAUCUUUGACCUGGAGCAUGACCCUUUGCAGGUGGGAGAGGGGGACUGCAAGUACGACUGGCUGGACAUCUGGGAUGGCAUUCCACAUGUUGGCCCCCUGAUUGGCAAGUACUGUGGGACCAAAACACCCUCUGAACUUCGUUCAUCGACGGGGAUCCUCUCCCUGACCUUUCACACAGACAUGGCAGUGGCCAAGGAUGGCUUCUCUGCACGUUACUACCUGGUCCACCAAGAGCCGCUAGAGAACUUUCAGUGCAAUGUUCCUCUGGGCAUGGAGUCUGGCCGGAUUGCUAAUGAACAGAUCAGUGCCUCAUCUACCUACUCUGAUGGGAGGUGGACCCCUCAACAAAGCCGGCUCCAUGGUGAUGACAAUGGCUGGACCCCCAACUUGGAUUCCAACAAGGAGUAUCUCCAGGUGGACCUGCGCUUUUUAACCAUGCUCACGGCCAUCGCAACACAGGGAGCGAUUUCCAGGGAAACACAGAAUGGCUACUAUGUCAAAUCCUACAAGCUGGAAGUCAGCACUAAUGGAGAGGACUGGAUGGUGUACCGGCAUGGCAAAAACCACAAGGUAUUUCAAGCCAACAACGAUGCAACUGAGGUGGUUCUAAACAAGCUCCAUGCUCCGCUGCUGACAAGGUUUGUUAGAAUCCGCCCUCAGACCUGGCACUCAGGUAUCGCCCUCCGGCUGGAGCUCUUCGGCUGCCGGGUCACAGAUGCUCCCUGCUCCAACAUGCUGGGGAUGCUCUCAGGCCUCAUUGCAGACUCCCAGAUCUCCGCCUCUUCCACCCAGGAAUACCUCUGGAGCCCCAGUGCAGCCCGCCUGGUCAGCAGCCGCUCGGGCUGGUUCCCUCGAAUCCCUCAGGCCCAGCCCGGUGAGGAGUGGCUUCAGGUAGAUCUGGGAACACCCAAGACAGUGAAAGGUGUCAUCAUUCAGGGAGCCCGCGGAGGAGACAGUAUCACUGCCGUGGAAGCCAGAGCGUUUGUGCGCAAGUUCAAAGUCUCCUACAGCCUAAACGGCAAAGACUGGGACUACAUUCAGGAACCCAGGACCCAGCAGCCAAAGCUGUUCGAAGGGAACAUGCACUAUGACACCCCUGACAUCCGAAGGUUCGACCCCAUUCCGGCGCAGUAUGUGCGAGUAUACCCGGAGAGGUGGUCGCCAGCGGGGAUUGGGAUGCGGCUGGAGGUGCUGGGCUGUGACUGGACAGACUCCAAGCCCACGGUAGAGACGCUGGGACCCACUGUGAAGAGCGAAGAGACAACCACCUCUUAUCCCACCGAUGAAGAGGCCACGGAGUGUGGGGAGAACUGCAGCUUUGAGGAUGACAAAGAUUUGCAGCUCCCUUCGGGAUUCAAUUGCAACUUUGAUUUCCCCGAGGAGCCCUGUGGUUGGAUGUAUGACCAUGCCAAGUGGCUCCGGACCACCUGGGCCAGCAGCUCCAGCCCGAACGACCGGACGUUUCCAGAUGACAGGAAUUUCUUGCGGCUGCAGAGUGACAGCCGGAGAGAGGGCCAGUAUGCCCGGCUCAUCAGCCCCCCUGUCCACCUGCCCCGAAGCCCGGUGUGCAUGGAGUUCCAGUACCAGGCCACAGGCGGCCGCGGGGUGGCGCUGCAGGUGGUGCGGGAAGCCAGCCAGGAGAGCAAGCUGCUGUGGGUCAUCCGCGAGGACCAGGGCGGCGAGUGGAAGCACGGGCGGAUCAUCCUGCCCAGCUACGACAUGGAGUACCAGAUUGUGUUCGAGGGAGUGAUAGGGAAAGGACGUUCAGGAGAGAUUGCCAUUGAUGACAUUCGGAUAAGCACUGAUGUCCCACUGGAGAACUGCAUGGAACCCAUCUCAGCUUUUGCAGGUGAGAAUUUUAAAGUGGACAUCCCAGAAAUACAUGAGAGAGAAGGAUAUGAAGAUGAAAUUGAUGAUGAAUACGAGGUGGACUGGAGCAAUUCUUCUUCUGCAACUUCAGGGUCUGGCACCCCCUCGACCGACAAAGAAAAGAGCUGGCUAUACACGCUGGAUCCCAUCCUCAUCACCAUCAUCGCCAUGAGCUCACUGGGUGUCCUCCUGGGGGCCACCUGUGCAGGCCUCCUGCUCUACUGCACCUGUUCCUAUUCGGGCCUGAGCUCCCGAAGCUGCACCACGCUGGAGAACUACAACUUCGAGCUCUAUGAUGGCCUUAAACACAAGGUCAAGAUGAACCACCAGAAGUGCUGCUCCGAGGCAUGACGGAUUGCACCUGAAUCCUAUCUGACGUUUCAUUCCAGCAAGAGGGGCUGGGGAAGAUUACAUUUUUUUUUUCCUUUGGAAACUGAAUGCCAUAAUCUCGAUCAAACCGAUCCAGAAUACCGAAGGUAUAGACAGGGCAGAAAAGCGAGUCGCAGGAGGAAGGCAGAUGCAGCCGCACAGGGGAAGAUUACCCGCCUAGGACCGUGGUGGCUAAGUCAUUGCAGGAACGGGGCCGUGUUCUCUGCUAGGACAAAACAGGAGCUCAUCUCUUUGGGGUCACAGUUCUAUUUUGUUUGUGAGUUUGUAUUAUUAUUAUUAUGAUGAUAUUUUAUUUCUUUGGUCUGUGAGCAACUCAAAGAGGCAGAAGAGAAUGACUUUUCCAGAAUAGAAGUGGAGCAGUGAUCAUUAUUCUCCGCUUUCUCUUUCUAAUCAACACUUGAAAAGCAAAGUGUCUUUUCAGCCUUUCCAUCUUUACAAAUAAAACUCAAAAAAGCCGUCCAACUUAUCCCAUCCUCUGAUUGUCUUAUGACUUAAGGGAUUUACUGUGGUGUAGGUUCUGCCAGCCAACCCUACAAGCUGCCGUUUCCAGUCCUAGCAUUUAAGUAGGAUGUUGUUGCCUUUAACUUUUUUUAUCCAGGGGAAAAUUGCCAUUUUAGGGUCAGCAUGAACAGCUCUUUCUUGUAUGCGAUUUAAAACAAACCGGAAAGGAAACUUCACACGUCAAAAUCCAUAGAAGCGCCUGAAUGAGCCUUAAAGUGCUUUGUGAGUGAAUAGGAGCCAUUCGCUAAUUCUAGACCCACAGUGUCUGGUGGUGGGGCUUCCCUUGUGGGGCUUCUUGUGGUGGUUUUGCCUUUUUUUUUUCCCUCCUCCAUGUUCUUCUAAAACAUAUACAUAUACACAUACACACAUACACAUAUUCUUCAGGUCUCUAAGCCCCUGGAAGCAGCACUGUGUGAUAUUCUCAGAGGCAGGGGAAAAUAGAGGGAAAAUAGAGACUAUUGGUAUGUUCUCCCCAUCAGCGAGAUAUUGUAACUGGUCACCACUGGACGGGAAGGAGAACAGUGGAGAGGGAAAGAGAAGCCCAACCUCUGUGAUCAUAUAAGGGCCAAAGCUGAGCAGCGUAGACAGAGACCCUUUGAAAUGCAUUUGUCUCUCAACUAGACUAGUAAACACCGACUUCUCCUUUGGGUUACAAACACCAUUUCAACCUUUCGGGAGAGUCAGAGCUAGGAUGUACAAGAACUGAUUCUAACCAGAAGUCCACAAGUACUGUGGACAAGAAUGCUUAACCACGCUGCUUCAGCCUUGAGAGACCUAGUUUCUUACACAUAUGCACACACACAUACACACAUGCAUGCACGCACGCAUGCACACCAAUUUAUGUGUUUUUUAUUAAGUGCCUUGAAAAAAUGAAGAAAAAUGUAUUUUCCCUUUAUGUAAAAAUUAGUGAAUAUCUUAUGAAUUAAGGCAUUCCUCUUUCCCUAACCCUGAUGGCUCCAUUCCCAAGUACCCCAACUCACUGCUGAUCCUAUUAAAGGAAUGAGCCCUGCUACCCGAGUGGUAGUCAUAGCCCUAGAUGACUCUCAACUACUCUUCAAAGGGAGGCAUCAGGAAUAGAAUGAAACUGUGUGAAGGACAAGAUUGUUCGCAUUAAGAUCCAAAUCUUGAUUUCAUAUUAACACCUAAGGAUUGCCUGUGUGCUGGAAAUAUAUUUGAAACUCAACCAGUAUGCCCAGCCUAUUGCAUAUCAAUGUCAGACCAUUUUUGCUGCUGUGGUCACCCAUGAUUUCAUUUGUCUUAUACCCAGGAGAAAGGGGAAGGGUGAAUGGGACUGGCUGGUUCCUUUAAAUGUUAACUUAUGGAAAUGCUAUUUCAAAUGGUAAUGUCACAGUGUUUUGUAUGCAGAGAGCAAGAGUUCAACCAACAGCUAUUUAUUCAUGUGUGUAUGUCUUUGCUGCUUUGAGUUCUCUGUAUCUACUAUGUAUGUGAAUGGUCAUGUGGGACUCAGUGGUGGUGUUGUGACUUUGACCUAGGGUCCGAGUGUCACAGCUGAUCUUGGCACUCGGCACUCAUUGGCACAGUGGUAGUUAGAGGUGAAAAGUAGAGCUGUCAAGCCCAAGGGCUUAGCUUUAGGGCUCCCCCUGAGUUCGGCCCACAGUAGAAGCAAGAUUUUAACUAGCCCCUUUCCUCUUCACCUUCCCAUGAUGCGCAGUGUUCAGAAAGCUGGUAAGUCCUAGGGAUUUCCAGAAGUAGCCUGCAGAAGAAGGUAAGUUUGAAAGCCACUCCAGGGGUCCUGAUGCUGUCAUGCCCGGUGAGCCAUUUUACAGUUCUCCAAAGUCUAGCCCUCUCUCAGACCUGCACUUCACCUCUAAGUUAUGUACAACUCAACCUGCAUCCCUCUAAAAGUCCUAUAUCCAUAUUCACCAUUGGCUAAUUUGAGGCCCUGAGUGGGCCUUGAAUGCUAAACAGAAGCAGGGUACGCAGGGCUACGUGUAGAUACCUCACCAAGGCUGGAGGCUGGUCUGUCGUAAGACAGAAAGAAAGACAGCUGGGCCCAAUUUUGACUUGGCCAGGGGACACCUUGGUGUGUUUGUUAUCUUUAUCUGUGGGUAGGCUAGCUGACCCAUCUUCCUGAGUCAUUCCCUUUGGGAAACCCCACACCCAGUAUUGAUCUCCUUUUUGCCUUGUACUAAAUUACACAUUACCUCCACGCUCUCCCGGACUAGGUGGUCAACAGGGCCACAGGGUUGCUUUCUGUCUUUGGUGGGGCAGGGGAGUUGACAGGGAUGAGGGUCCAAGGAAUAAGCAUGAAUGACAAGAAAACAAGGGAAAGAGUUCACCUGCCACAUAGCAGGUUAACUUUUCCAGGGUUUGCAGUUAAAGGUAUUCGACCAUUCGCUGGCUGAGCCAGAUCACGGGAACUUGAGAGCUUUUACUGUGAUUCUUCAAUGUAAAAAAUAAACAACAAUGUCAAACUGUGUUUAUAUGAUUUGUAUAAAGCCUUUUUAAGAUUACUAUUUAAAUAAACAUUAUACCAGAG